CUUAGAAGUAUGAAAUUGGGAAUUUCCAAGCCUAUACCCUUUAUCAAUUGAGCAGUUUCCGGUGAGCAAGAAUCACUUUUUCCGUUAAUCCUUUCCGACGAUCAGAGACUAAACUUCCAAUUAUUGAUUACUACUGAAAACCAGCAAAAUGAAAGACAAAACUCCUCUGGGGUCUAUGGAGAAGGAAGCAGAAUCAAGGCAAAAGAGAGAGGUACUAGAGAAGGUGGGUCAGGUCAUUGCCUCAAUCAAAGAUGCCAAACACGUUGAUCAAGUCAUCUGUGCUCUUCAUUCCCUCGCCCUUCGUCUUUUCCCUCUUGACUCCCACUCCCUCGCAGGUAGCAUUAACGAGCAGUACAGGGAACAGUUAACAAGUGCGAGACUCCCGGAUACACACGAGAGAGAUGAAUGGUGGCAGAUUUUCUAUAAAGGCCCUGCUUUCGCAACAUUGGCUAAGAUUUUGUUAUAUGAUGUGGCUUAUGAUUGGCUGAAAUGUCUCCCCAUUUCUGCAAGGAUGCACAUCUAUGAUGUGUUCUUUUUGAGAGGCCAAGUUAUUGAGGUUGUUCAAAAGUUAGGUCCUUGUCUACAAUGGAGAGGUAGUAGUGAUGAUGACAACCGUUCCGUCCACUCAAAUGCUGAAAGAUUGCUUGUGCUUUGUUUGCUUGACAAUAUGGGAGUUUCUCAGAUUGCUCGAGAAUUGUCUACCUACUGUCAGGAAGAUCUUGCCCAUGAAGAGCUCAAGCAGAUUAUAUCCCUGGUGGUCCAGCUCCUUACGUCUAUACCUGAUAAAGCACACGCAGGAACCCCUAAUGCAUUAUCAUCACAUGUGUUCUUCAAGCAUAUCACCACUCAACUUCUUGCGGGAGCACAAGAAUGGGACAAGCUUUUAGAUGGAGGAGAUCACAUUGAUAAAAACAAAUUAGGUGGUGUCAUGCUGUUAAUGGGUGAAGCAUUUGCUCGCAUUAGUCGGCGAGGAUCAGCAGAUGUGCUGUUAGGUGUAGUGGUUCCUGAAAUACAUAAACACGUACAGAGCUUCUUACCACCAAAUUCGGAUGUCCCUAUGGAUGAAGCAUUUCAAUCCACGCCUGGUCUGCGAUUCUGGUUAAAGAUGAUGGAGUCAAUAAAAGACCCUUACUCCUUAGAAAGAAUGACUGAACAGCUACUCAAACAAUUAGCAGCUCAAAAUACAGGAGAUAUUGAAGCUCACUGGAUUUUGUGGAUAUUGUUUCAUCAGGUUUUCCAUCAACAAGCCUCAGUUAGGUCCAUGUUUCUUGAGAAAUUCUUAGUGUGGAAAGUAUUCCCUAGUAAAUGCUUGAGAUGGAUUCUUCACUUUGCUGUUUUUCAGUGUUCCCCUGAAAAGUCCUCAUCAGUAAAAUCCUGUAACCUCCGUACUCUCUUAGAGACUCUUCAGCGUCUUGUGAAGACUUGGUCCAAACGGGAUUUUGUGCAAUCAAUUCCAAUUGAGCAGCAAGCCUAUAUAACUGCUGCCUUAGGCCUUUGCUUAGAGAAGAUGUCUAAAGAAGAUUUAGAUGCAACCAAGGAUGCAAUGCACUGUAUUCUUGAAGGAGUGAGCUGUAGGUUGGGAAGUGCUGACCAUUUGAUUCGAAAAAUGGCUAGCAGUGUUGCAUUAGCAUUUUCCAAAGUAAUUGACCCCCAAAAUCCUCUCUACCUUGACGAUAGUUGCCGUGAGGAAGCUAUUGACUGGGACUUUGGUUUAUUAACCCCAGAAAAAAGAUUAUUGGCUAGGCCCACAGACAUAGAUGGAAAUAAGGGUUGUUCAACCACAGCAGCUGGAAAGGUCAAUAUAGCUGCUGCCAGCAGACAUGAUAACGUGAUGACUAAAAAGAAGAAAUUAUUUGGAUAUGAAGCUGUUGAUCCAGAUGAGAUCAUUGAUCCAGCAUCCCUAAAUAAUGAGGUUGACUCUAGUAAAGAUGAUGACGAUGAUGAUGAUAAUGCAAGUGAAACUUCCGAGUCCUCGAAUGACUCGUCUUUGCAGCCAUAUGACUUGUCAGAUGAUGGUGCAGAUCUAAAAAGAAAUUUCUCACAGUUAGUGGAUGUGAUUGGAGCACUAAGGAAAUCUGAUGAUGCUGAUGGUGUUGACCAGGCUAUUGGUGUUGCUGAGAAGCUUGUACGAGCUUCACCUGAUGAGCUCAAGUUUGUAGCUUCUGAUCUAAUCAGUAUUCUAAUACAACUUCGCUGCUCUGAUUCAACUAUUGAAGGGGAAGAAGAGUCUGCUGAAGAGAAGAGACAAAAAGCGAUUGUUGCUUUGAUUGUCACGUGUCCUCACGAAUCUCUCAGUACACUAAAUAAACUACUAUAUUCACCAAGUUUAGAUAUCAGCCAGAGGUUAAUGAUACUUGAUGUAAUGACGGAGGCUGCACAGGAGCUCGCAAACACAAGGAUUUCAAGACUUAAACAACGGUCGAACGCUCUUGUAUCAUCCAUUGGUGAUGAAGCAUGGUUCAUGCCAAAACCUAUUGGUCCUCCAGGAGCUGGCCCUUGGAAGGAAAUUUCAACACCAGGGACUCCUUUUAACUGGUCUCAUGGUUAUGAGAGAGAACUUCCCCCUAAAUCAGGUCAGAUCAAGAGAGGAAAGACACGCCGUUGGAGCCUUCAUUCAGCUUUACCGGUAAACCAGCUUGAAUGGUCCCAGAAUAAGUUUCCCCAGUAUGCAGCGGCUUUUAUGCUUCCAGCCAUGGAAGGAUUUGAUAAGAAAAGGCAUGGUGUAGAUUUGCUUGGUAGAGACUUCAUUGUUUUGGGGAAGUUCAUCUACAUGCUUGGUAUUUGUAUGAAGUGUUCAGCCAUGCAUCCAGAGGCAUCUAUUUUGGCAUCUCCUCUUUUGGAAUUGUUAAGAUCAAGGGAGAUAUCUCAUCAUGUGGAGGCUUAUGUUAGGAGAUCUGUCCUGUUUACUGCUUCAUGCGUACUGAUUUCUCUUCAUCCCUCCUCCGUGGCAGCUGCCUUGGUUGAGGGGAAUUCUGAAAUUUCAAAAGGACUUGAGUGGAUUCGCAAUUGGGCACUUCAUAUUGCUGAAUCUGACAUUGAUAGGGAAUGCUACACACUGGCUAUGACUUGCCUCCAACUCCAUGCUGAGAUGGCGCUACAGACUUCUCGAGUACUUGAAUCACCCGAAAACUUACACGGAUCAAAUAAGAGCAGUCUACCAUCAAAUAUAUUGAGGGGGGCUAUCAAAAUACCCAGUUCAAAUGGUGGCAUUCUUAGUGCCCCUUAGAUAUUAUUGACAUGCCUAUCCUCCAGUUCUAUCCGUAAAUAUCCAAUCUCGCCUUCAUCAUACUUGGCAUCCCUCAGUACAAACGAUAAAAUGACUCUGCCUUUGUUCUUUCUUUUUAUGGUUGUUGCCAUUGCCAUGCAAGUGCUUUUAUUCAAUGAAUUUCAGAACCUUGCUCAAGCCGUCUGAUGCAUCUCGGAUAGUCUGGUUCAACGAGCUAAAAGCUUAGCAAUGCUGAAAUCCAUUGGUUUGAGAUGCUAAAGUUUGAUUAAAAAGGCGUCUUUUCGAUGUAGCUUGCUGAUAUGAUCCUGGUUAGCCCCGUUAACACAGAUAUCAUCGCGGAAGGAUCAAAACGUCUCUUGUUUUCCUCUGAAAAAUAUGACUUUUGUGUGUUCUGUUUCCUUUUACCAUAUUGGUUUAGUAUUUGUUUCCUCUUGUUUUUCCUUUCUUAGAUUGUAAUAGUGCAUUUGCCAAAAUCCUAUCUUUUGUCAAACUGUAUUUUCAAUUUGGCUUUAAGUCAUCAGCGGCUUCUUAAAGUUGUUCGCAUAA